AAGAGAAAUUCUUUUGCAGUUCGCAUAAAAAAUACUUAAUAUAACAUAUUUUCCUUUAAAAAAAUGUUAAAAAUAUUACAAAUGCUAACGUUAACUAAUUAAAAACAAAAUAAUCUUGAAUUUUUAACGCUAGAAACAAACAAAAUCCUAUAAUCUAACAAAUUCUAUGCAAAGUCAAAGAAGUGAAGGUGCAUUGAGUGCAGAAAAGAAGAAAAAAAAAUCAAUUCAUGAACCCAAAGACUUGUCGACAUCAUCAAAGCUGGUUUUGUGUUUUAAUGCUUUUAGAUUAUUUCUUCUUCGUGUAUUGUUAAAAUUUCAAUGAAAACCUAAGAAAAGAGAAACAAAGAAAAAAAGUAUAUAAAUAUUUAAACAAGUGGAAAGCCGCUUUCAAAAAUAAAUUAAAAUUAAUAUCCAGAUACUAAUUAAUCUCGUGUAUAAACGCCAGAAAAUUUCGGUAAAGCAAGUAAAAUGGCUCUUAGAAAAGUUAAAGGGAAUUUUGAGCGUAUGUUUGAUAAAAAUCUAACAGAUUUAGUACGUGGUAUACGCAAUAAUAAGGAUAAUGAGGCAAAAUAUAUUUCACAAUGUAUUGAAGAAAUAAAACAGGAACUACGCCAGGAUAAUAUAAAUGUUAAGUGCAAUGCUGUGGCCAAAUUAACAUACAUUCAAAUGUUGGGCUAUGAUAUUUCAUGGGCUGGCUUUAAUAUUAUUGAAGUAAUGAGUUCAUCACGUUUUACUUGUAAACGUAUAGGAUAUUUGGCUGCCAGUCAAUGUUUUCACCCUGAUAGUGAGCUUUUGAUGUUAACUACGAAUAUGAUACGCAAAGAUUUAAACUCACAAAAUCAAUAUGAUGCUGGAGUGGCCUUAAGUGGUCUUAGUUGCUUUAUAUCUCCCGAUUUAUCAAGAGAUUUAGCUAAUGACAUAAUGACUUUGAUGAGUUCCACCAAACCAUAUUUACGCAUGAAAGCCGUCCUUAUGAUGUAUAAAGUAUUUCUACGUUAUCCUGAAGCUUUGAAACCUGCAUUUCCUAAACUCAAAGAGAAACUAGAAGACCCUGACCCAGGUGUACAAUCAGCUGCCGUUAAUGUUGUUUGUGAAUUAGCACGUAAGAAUCCUAAAAAUUAUCUUCCUUUAGCUCCUGUAUUUUUUAAGCUAAUGACAACAUCAACCAAUAAUUGGAUGCUUAUUAAAAUUAUUAAAUUGUUUGCCAGCCUUACUACAAUUGAACCAGCGUUGGGACGUAAAUUAACUCAACCCUUGAUUGAAAUUAUUUCCAGCACUUCUGCUAUGAGUUUAUUGUAUGAAUGUAUAAAUACUGUCAUUGCUGUUUUAAUCAGCAUUAGCAGUGGUAUGCCAAACCAUAGUGCCUCUAUACAACUUUGUGUACAAAAGUUGCGUAUAUUAAUAGAAGACUCUGAUCAGAAUUUGAAAUAUUUGGGUCUUUUGGCCAUGUCUAAGAUUUUAAAAACUCAUCCUAAAAGUGUUCAAGCUCAUAAAGAUCUCAUUUUGGCCUGUUUGGAUGAUAAAGAUGAAUCAAUACGUUUAAGAGCCUUAGAUCUGCUAUAUGGCAUGGUUUCGAAGAAAAAUCUUAUGGAAAUUGUUAAAAGACUUUUGGGUCACAUGGAAAGAGCCGAGGGUUCAGCCUAUCGUGAUGAAUUGCUGUUUAAGGUAAUUGAGAUCUGUUCACAAAGUUCAUAUUUGUAUGUUACCAACUUUGAGUGGUAUUUAACGGUAUUAGUGGAAUUGAUACAAUUGGAAGCUGGUUCCAAACAUGGUCGCUUAAUUGCUGAGCAAUUACUGGAUGUUGCCAUAAGAGUGCCUGUAGUACGUCAAUUUGCUGUCAAUGAAAUGACUAAUCUUUUAGACACCUUUACCGUUUCCUCCCAAAGUAAUUCUAUGUAUGAGGUUUUAUAUGCUGCUGCCUGGAUAGUGGGAGAAUUUUCAAAUGAACUAGAGGAUGCUGAAAGAACUCUUAAUAUCUUAUUAAGGCCACGUCAAAUACCCGGUCAUAUACAAGGAGUUUUUGUGCAAAAUGUGGUUAAAUUAUUUACCCGCUUAGCCACUACUUGUCUAGAGAAUGAAGAUCCCAAUGGUUUAAUAAGACUGUCUGAUCAUGUUUUGGAAAAAUUACAAGAUUUUAAUAGUUCUAUUGAUAUUGAAGUGCAAGAACGUGCCAAUUCCGCCUGCAUACUUAUUGAAAUGUUAAGAGCUCAAUUUAAUGAUAAUGCUACUGCUGCUGCUGCUUGUAAUCAUAAUAUAGAUUUUAUAGGCGCUGAUAGCAAUGAAACCGCCGCCCAACUCCAGCCCACAGCAAUACCCACAUUGGCAAUUGAGAUUAUACAAGAAAUGGCUUUACUAUUUGCCGGUGAACUUAUACCGGUAGCACCAAAAGCCCAACGUAAAGUUCCUCUACCCGAUGGUCUCGAUUUGGAUGAAUGGAUAAAUCCACCGCCCGAAGAUGAAUCCUCCUCAUCGUCAAAUGAUGAAAAGGAAGAACUUUUUGUUAGUUCUUCGGCGCAACAUGAUGAGGCUGAGGCGGCCAGACGAAGAGCCAGCGAAGAGUUAACACCCGAACAGAUUGAACGUCAACGUAUGCAGCGGUUAAUAGAACAAUCGAAUAAUCCUCACUAUCUGAAAUCUUCACCCUCAACGCCGGACGUUGCCUCAAAAGGAAGAUCUUUGAGCAGUAAUAAUUCACAAAAUGCCGAAUACGAUAAUAUAGAUGAAAUACCUAUAGCAGAGCUGUCGUUAGAUGUUCCUUUGAAAAUUGGAGCCACAAAACGUUCUGAUCAAUAUCUUUUGCAAGAGAAAGCCAAUGCCAAGGACAAGAAGAAACACAAGAAAUCGAAAAAGAGCAAAAAAUCAAAAUCAAAAAGCACUUAUAACUCAACAUCCGAAUCGGAAGAUGAACCUAAACCUUUACACAUUGUUAACACCACACUGGAUAUGCCAGAGGGUGUAUCACUCUCUGAUAAUGAUGACAAAGAUGGUAAAUUUGAUCCCGAUGAUCCACACAGAGCUUUAGAUAUAGAAUUGGAUAUACCCGAUUUAGAAGAACCCAAACAACAAAGAUCCUCUAAGAAAUACUCCAAUGACUACGAGAAGACUGACAAAGAACACAAAUCAAAAAUGUCGUCUUCAUCAACACAUCAACAUAAAAAAGAAAAGAAAAAAGAUAAAGACAAGGAAAAGGAUAAACUUAAAGACAAACAUAAAUCUUCUUCUCAUUCCCAUAAGAAAUCGACAAAAACUUCAACGAGCAACAUAGGCGGAGUAAAUAGUGCCAAUUUAUUAGGUACUUCCAUCGAAGAAAUACAAACUUCUUACUCCAACGAAUUGGAAAAGCGUGACAAACAAAAGUCUCAUCAUAAAUCUUCAAAGGAAUUGAAAAAUUUACAAAACGAAUUAGAUGCUGAUUCGACGACGUUGACUACCUCUAAGAAGAAAAAGGACAAAAAAGAAAAACAUCAUCACAAGGAUAAGAAAAAAUCUCAUAGUAAAACAUCAACAACCAAUACAACUACUCAUGAUUAUGAAGAAGCUUUGGGUAUAUCAACGCCAAGUAAGGAAAUUUUUUAAAAAUAAUUAUUUGUUUCUUUAAAAUUACUUUUUUCUUUUUUUGAUUUGUAUUAAAAAAUUUCCUUAAUGUUUUGUUUUGAAUAACUUAAAGGCAAUUCCUCUUUGAUUUGAGUUAAACGUAAUAAUUUGUUUGUUUAUGUUUUUCUAAGAAUUUUAAUUUUGUUAAAAAGAAAAACUUCUGUGUUAAAAGAGUUUUUGUAUAAAAAAAAUAUUAAAAAAACAAACAAAAUCUAUAAAUGGUACUGU